AAACCGCUCCCGAAGGUGGUCUGCAAUGUGAGAGGCAGGAUACCCAUGGUUGCAGGCUACGAGGCCUUCCUACAUGGUUAUGCGAAUGAUCAAGACAGCAAGGAGCAUCUCGCGAUUGUAUUCGGCGAUCACAUACACAGCAAGUCGCUCUUCAAAGCGCGGCCCAAUGAGACAGAGAUGGACAGAUUGGCGCGCGGUGCUUUUGAGGGUCAACUAUGGCCGGGACGGACAACAUCUAGGCUCACGGAUGAACAACGAGCCCAACUGCCUGAGAAGAUACCGCCGAGAGAUCCGCCGCUUGCGAGAAUUCACUCAGAGUGUUACACUGGCGAGACAAUCGGGUCUGCGCGCUGCGAUUGUGGCGACCAGCUCAACGAUGCCGCUUCCUUGAUUGCAGCGAGCGGUAAUGGCGUCAUUGUCUACCUACGCCAAGAGGGACGCGGCAUUGGCUUGUUUGAAAAGAUGAAGGCCUACAACUUGCAAGAUCUCGGCAACGAUACUAUGGAAGCGAAUCUCAUGUUACAUCAUCCUGCAGAUGCAAGAGACUAUGGCAUUGCCACGAGUAUCUUGCUGGAUCUGGGCUGCACAGAGUUGGAUCUUCUGACCAACAAUCCCCUCAAAAUCACUGCUGUUGAAGGUCCAAAUAAAGAGGUCAAGGUACGGCGGCGGAUAGAAAUGCAGCCACGUACCUGGCAAGGGAAGGAAGGUGUACAUGGCGAAGAGUUUGACAAGUACAUCAGUACAAAGCGGGACAAGAUGGGCCACUUGCUG